AGGAUUUUCUUGCGUAUUCGUGUUUAAGUCGGACGGUGGGCGAGACUGGCACAUAUAGGGAGGAUCGCCCUUGAAUGUUGCACACUUCCACUUGUACUCUUCAAUCCUCCAUAUUUGUUCACUGGCUCUAUACUCCCAUCAUCUCCUUUCCACCCUUCUCCGGUCUAUUCCCCCAUACCUGCCAUGGCUGAAUACCCAACCCGCCGCAGCCUGGCAAGACGGCUGCUAACCGCCUUCCUGGACCAUCAUGACUCGAGCCUGCCCACCACACACCCGCCGCCGCCCCCUGGAGUUCCCCCAAUGCUGCAAAUGAACAAUGAGUCCUGCGACUCCCGACCAAAACUCCUAACAAUUGCGCGCACCGACCAGAGCACCUUGAUCCCACCCCAGGACAAGCUGCUGAUGUUCCGCGCGCUGAUGGGCAUCGAGAACGUGCCAGCGCUGACAACAUUGCACCACUACCAGCGCACCAUCCAGAACGUGGGCAUCUACACGCGUGUGGUACGCGCCGAAGAAACCGCCGCCCAACGUUAUCGUCUAUUUUCUAUCCUGAUCAACACAUGUCUGGGCGUUCAGAUCGUAGUGGCAGCCGCUCUGACAGCGCUAGGAGCGGCCGCGGGCCCCCAUUCAGCUGUCACGACCUUCGGCGCAAUCAACACAAUCGUGGCCGGCGUGCUGACCUACCUCAAAGGCUCAGGGCUACCAGACCGACUCAAGCACUACCAGAACGAGUGGGGGAACAUUCGCGAGUAUAUUGAGCAGCGCGAGCGCGAACUCUGUCUGGACGGAUGCAUUUUGGACGUCCAUGAGGAGAUACUGUUCAUCGAGCAUCUGUACGAGGGCGUUAAGCGGGAGAUUGAAUCGACGAAGAGCGGAGGAGAGAAUCGCUCGACGGCGCAGGACAGACACAUACAGCGAUCGUUUCUCCCGCCGCAGCAGCGACAGCAGGAGCAGCAGCAGCAAUCACCCGAUCCCAACGGCCAGGUGACUGCUCCGGACCCGGCGCUGGUAAAGGAGAAGAACUGACUCAGGUGACAUGAUUUGCGGUUUUUUUCCUUGCCAUUUGAUAUUUG